ACGCCACGCCUCCUCCCGGUAAUGUUUCCUGCUUUUCCACAGACGCUUUUACAGUCACAGUGCAAUCAUAGAGCAGGGACCUAAUACCCAUCAAGACUCCUUCAACCGAAUGUUGUUCUCUUCAGUCUGUGGCCUUUAAGCGUGUAUUCGUCCAAUGAAGGAGGAGGGGGAUGUUGACAUACCCCAGAAAUUGCCUUCUGGACCCAGUGCCUUUAUCCCUGUCGAAGAGAUUCUGGAGGAAGGGCCUGCACAAGAGAUGAUGUCAGAGGCUCUGUUGUCAGAAGGGCGUGCGGAUCAUGUCACCAUGGCAAUGGGGCUGCAUCCCUCCUACCUGGCCUGUUUCCUUCGCACCCAGCAUGCUUUGCUGCAGCUGGAUGGUCCCUUGCCUUUGUCGUGGAGACAUUUUAUAAUUAUAUUGGCAUCUGCACGGCAUCAGUGUUCGUACCUAGUGCAGCAUCACACCGCUGCUUUUCUACUUGCCGGAGGAGAUGAGACUUGGCUCAGGGGAUUACACUGUGCACCACCUAAAAUACAGCGCCUGCAGACUCUUAACAAGCUUCUUGCACACAGACCUUGGAUCAUCACCCAGGAACACAUACAGGAGUUGGUUUGUCCUGGUGCAGAGGCCCGAUGGUCCCUGGCAGAGUUGAUUCAGGCAGUGGUUUUAAUGAGUCACGCCCACUCUUUGGUCUCUUUUGUUUGGGGGUGUGGAAUUCUUCCAGAGCCCGCGCAGUCGGGUGAUCAGGUCCAACCACGUUCGCCCACGGAGUCAUGCGUUUCUGUCCGAGACAAAGCUAAAAAUCAACAAGAGUGGUCUGAAGCUGUGAACGAGGUUCAGCUUUUGAUGGAGAAGAUGAGGACGGUCCAACAGCUCGGUGAAGAAUUUACACAGGAGGAGAUGGUGACUCGCUUUGAAAGAGAGAGAACUGAGAGUUUACUGGAACUUGCCGAUGUCCAGCGUUCUGUUCUUCCUGAUUGUGUGGCACGGUUUGUUGUGGAUGCAGAUUUUACCUACCAGGAUUUCAGUCCCAGAGGAGAACAGGCCCCCCCAACCAUGAGAGCUCAGGACUAUUCGUGGGAGGAUCACGGGUUUUCCCUGAUGAACAGGUUGUAUGGCGAGAUGGCACAGCUUCUGGAUGAGAAGUUUCAGGUGGUGUGUGCACUAACAUAUCACACCAUGGCCAUGCACUCAGAUGUGGACACCUCCACUCUGCGCAAAGCCAUCUGGAACUACAUUCAUUGCAUCUAUGGCAUCAGGUAUGAUGACUACAACUACGGGGAUGUGAAUCAGUUGUUGGAGCGCAGUUUAAAAGUAUAUGUUAAAACAGUGGCUUGUCACCCUGAGAAAACCACACCAAAAAUGUACUUCUCAUUUUGGAGACAGUUCCGCCACUCAGAAAAGGUCCACGUGAAUCUAUUAGUGAUGGAGGCGCGACUGCAGGCAGCUUUACUCUAUGCACUGAGAGCAAUUACACGCUACAUGACCUAAAAAGCACACAUGCUUUCAUAAACAGCA